CACCUGCGCCGCACUUUUGACCUUUUCAAAAAAGUUGAACUUGCACCAUUUGGCCAUCCGUCUGCAUUGCUUCCUCUGGUGACCAAGAUGCCCAAGGCUGUCAGACCUAAGCACGAUCCACUUGCAUCGCAGAUAUCAGCCGAAUCUAGCGUCAGAAAGUCGCUCGCAAAACAGUCAAGGGCCAAGCACAGCGAAAAGGAAGAGAAGGAAGAGACCUAUGUCGACCCAAAGAUGUCUAGAAAGAUCCUAGACUUGGCCAGGGCACAGCAGGAUGAGCUGGACAUCGAAGCUGGCUUCGUGGAUGAAGAGGAAGAUUUCCCUGCGCUGGGUGCGAAACGUGAUACCUUGAGCAACCCGCAACUAUCGCAUCGUGAGGCACCAGACAGUGAGGACGAGGAUUCUGAGUUUGAUGGCUUCGAUGAAGAAGAAGAGGUGGAAGAGGUGGAGAUUGAUGAAGAAGAUCAAGCCCUUUUUGAAAAGCUGAUGCCAACGAGUGCGCUACCACGGCAAUCCUUGGCUGACAUGAUUCUCGACAGAAUAGCGCAGCAUGAGGCGACAGAGCAGAGUAAGCCUGACACUGGCAGCGGUAACGCUGCAGGGCUUCCUCCAAAAGUUGUCGAAGUUUACACAAAGGUUGGCGUCCUGCUCUCUCGCUACAAGUCUGGCAAAUUACCAAAGGCCUUCAAGAUUAUUCCCUCCUUGCGCAACUGGGAGGACAUCCUCUUCCUGACGAGACCCGAUACGUGGUCACCCAAUGCACUGUACGAGGCUACACGACUAUUGGUCUCCAACUUGACUGCACAGCAAUGCCAAAAAUUCAUGACACAUAUCUUACUCGAGCGUGUCCGGGAAGACAUCUUUGAGAACAAGAAGCUCAAUUACCAUCUCUACAUGGCACUCAAAAAGGCGCUCUAUAAGCCAGCCGCAUUCUUCAAAGGCUUCCUGUUCCCACUGGUCCAAAGCGGGACCUGCACACUCAAGGAGGGUGCUAUCGUUGCCUCAGUGCUCAGCAAAGUAUCUGUUCCUGUUCUGCACUCUGCAGCUGCCCUACUUCGUCUUUCGGAAAUGGACUUUUCAGGUCCAGCGGCGCUGUUCAUUCGUGUUCUGCUCGACAAGAAGUAUGCCUUGCCAUUUAAAGUUGUCGAUGCGCUCGUUUUCCACUUUUUACGGUGGAAGCAGAUGGACAGACCAUUUGCGGUACUUGAGCAUCAGUCUUUGCUCGUCUUUACUCAGCGUUACAAGUACGAUAUGACUGUUGAGCAAAAGGAAGCGUUACUGGAAAUCGUUAGAGUCAAAGGGCACGACCAGAUUGGUCCUGAGAUUCGCAGGGAACUGCAGCAUUCCAUUUCACGCGGAGAUCCUGCCCUCCGGACAUUGACGUAGACAUGCAACUCUAGUAAUGUAUCAGCAAUUGCACGAAUCAGCG